AUACAACGACCUUUCCAAGGUUUUCGAAUAUACAGUAUCAAAACCACAUCCUGCGAUAUGUGACACGAUAUUGCGGUUGAACAAUAACACAUUUCUCCAGGUUGCCUGUACGACAAUGUUAUACAGAUGAUAAAAAUCAAACGUGAUAAAAACUGAUAAGCCGAUUCCUAGUAGGGGAAUUCGAUAAUCUAGCAUAAAUAUCUAGUGGUGGAUUGAAUCAGUCGGAGAUUGACCCUUUUAUAUAGUCGUUUCGCAGACACAUUAAAUUCUUUCUUGUAAUCUUUUCUCUUCGUAGAAUCUUUGCUGACGUAAAGCUAAUUAAGUUACAGUGAUCUCAGUGUAUGUAAUAUCUCUUCACGAUAUGGGGUCCUUGACGAACGACAGCGAAAGCGAAGUCGAGAUAUUACAGAUAGAUAAAGACGAGAUAUUUGUCGAAAAUGUUGCGCCAACCAAUAUAUCUUCGGAGCAGGAUUACAGAACUAGAUCCAAUUCGAUGAUAAAUUUAAUCGGCAUUAAAGAUUUGUUUACAACUCAUGUAAACAUUGUGAUUCCAUGCCGAUCCCGAAGCAAAUCUUUACCCACUUUAGAUUAUUAUACAACACCGGAGGAAGAUCAAGAGCAAAAUUUUGGCAAACCAGACAACGCGGAAAGAUUCAAAUCCGACGCAGAGAAGUCAGAUUUAAUCGACGCCAAUAUUUUUUCAAAUCGAUACAUAGUCAAUGAUGACACUUUGAUUGACAAAGAACCAUUCACUGCAUUCAUACCAGUACCGAUAGAUGCUGACCGCUAUAAUAUGAAUCAUAAAAAUCGCGGCAAAUGCAUAAUCUUCAAUCAUGAAGAAUUUGAUUCGGGUAUUGACAAACGUGAAGGUUCAACGGCAGACGCGAUAAGAUUACAAAAGAGUUUUGGCAGACUUGGAUUCGACAUUGAAAUUGAGAAAAACUUAAGCCACAAUAAAGUUAUGGACAAGAUAGAGAAACUAAGCCAAUAUGAUCACACAGAUAACGAUUGUCUCUGCAUUAUCAUGCUAACUCAUGGAUUGCAAAACGAUUUGAUAUGGGCGAAAGACGUUGCCUACAAAUCCGAAAAAAUCUGGAAACCAUUUACCGCCGAUAAAUGUAUAACGCUAGCAGGAAAGCCAAAAUUGUUCUUCUUUCAAUUUGGUGACUUUUUUCAGGCUUGUAGAGGCGAUCAGGUCGAUAGUGGUGUGGUAUUGUCUCCUCGUAGUUUGACACAAUCAGAAGCAACAGAUACCGUAUCAUCUUAUAAGAUUCCUACUCAUGCAGAUUUUCUAAUCGCUCACAGUUCGGUUCAAGAUUUUUACACUUGGAGAAAUCCUACGGAAGGCACAUGGUAUAUUCAAUGCCUGUGCGAAGUAUUGGAUGAAUACGGAACAACGAUGGAUUUAAUAAAAAUGUUGACAUUGACAGCACGGAAAGUCGCCACAGAUUUCGCCUCUAUUAAUCCCAUAGAUAAGACUAUGCACGACAAGAAACAAGUUCCGUCAAUGACGUCAAUGUUAAUCAGAUCAGUUUACUUUCCACCAAAAUUGAAUCAACAAUUGAAUACAACGUAAAUUAUCAAAUGGCAAAAGCUGUUAUACACAAAGAUCUUAAUAAACUAGAAGAAAAAUAUGGUAUUUUAUAUAUAAUUACGUAAAUAGCUAAUGUAAGUAAUAUAAUUUACUAUUUAUUUUACUGCUGCAAGCAAAUUUCAUGUAUAUCCUGCGUUGAAGAAAUUUUUCUGUUUUGUUUCUUUAAAGAUAUUAAUUUCGUUCAUUUAUUUCAAAUUAAAAAAUUAUUGCGAUAUUAUUACAAGUUGGUAAAAUUAUAUUGGAAUUGAAAUUUAUUAUAUAUAUUCAACAAUUAUACAAACUGAUUAUAAAAUUUAAUGGAAGAAGAAAUUUUCUAAAAAAAAAAUGAUUUUAUAGUCUAAAAAAAAUUGCAUGUAUUAAUAGCUAGAUAUUUAUGAGGUUGUAUUUUUUUAAAUAUUUAAAAAGGAUUUGAAAAAGAAGUUAAAGUUCAUCGUAUCAGUAGGCGUAGAAAAUCCAUAAAGGAGGAAACGAUUAUAAAUUAUGUCGUAAAUUAUGUUUUAUACGAAAUUAGAGAUUUUGUGUAAAAGAAUUUUUGAGUCCUUUAUCUUAUCCAACAGCUCUUUCUCUUUUCUCACACUUUACAAUUAAUCAGCUGUGACAUUUUCUCGACUCUUCCUGUCAUGAUUUUUUCUUUUUUUUUCUUUUUCAUCCUUUCUCCUUCGUCUAACAUUUUUCACGAUAGCUUAUUAAGCUAUUCAAUCGAAUUUGACGAUUCCCCAACAUUUAAUUAAGCGUUGAUCACCUACAGAUCGAAAAUAAUAGCUUGUUGAGUAUCCGAAAAUGACACCGUCCCCCGCGUCCCAUCCGUCAAUCGCGCGCCACCGCAACAUCGUUAACACAUUUAUUAUUGACACGAGAGAAAAACUGUUUUUGUUGCAAAUAUCGUUAUUUGUAUUCUCAAUCCUUGUAAAAAGCGGCCAAAUUAAAAGAAAUCUAUGCCAAUGCCGUUUCGUAAAGUUAUAAACUCUCUUCUAUGUCUCAAGAAUGACAAGUGAAGAUUAAUAUAAAUUUCAAUAAAUAUCAUAAAUAAAUAUCUAGAGAACAUUCAUAUUUAUAUAAUGUAAAUAAAUUCUCCG